CGUCACGUUGCAAAGGAUUGUGGGUAGUGCCGGUGUCAAGAAGACGCAAAACGUGGCCAGGGCCGGUCAAAGAAAAAUAUUUAUAAACUGGUGUUACCUGUCACUUAUCGAUGCCUCCGAGAUGGAAAUCAAAACGGAGUCACUCAAACGUUACAUUUGCUCGAUUUCUGACUGCUCGGCCGCUUACAACAAACAGUGGAAACUGGACGCCCACUUGUGUAAGCACACGGGAAUCAAACCUCACGCGUGUGAGCACGAAGGCUGCGGUAAGUCGUUCUGCAGCCCGUAUCACUUGGCCCGGCAUGAUCUCAGUCACAGCGGCGUGAAACCCUUUCAGUGUGUCGUGGACGGCUGCAAAGAGGCCUUCACCACCAACACGAACCGGACCAGACACAUGAACCGCGCUCACGCUCAGGAGCAGAAGAAGUACGUUUGCAAAUUUGAGGGCUGCGGGCUCGAGUUCAAGAAGAACAAGCAGCUCAAGUCCCACAUGUGUGAGCAGCAUACCCAGCUGCCUCCUUACCAGUGCACUCACGAAGGAUGCCAAAUGCGAUUCGCCUUCCCCAGCAAGCUGAAGCGACAUGAAAAGGUGCACAGAGGCUACCCCUGCCAGGAGGAGGGCUGCGGCUUCACAGGAAAGACGUGGACGGAUUACUUGAAGCACAGGAAGGAGCGGCACAGGCUCACUGUGAGGUGCGACCAGUGCAGCAAGGAGUUUAGAGACUCCUGGUUCUUGCAGCAGCAUCAGCACGUCCACUCUGAUGUGCGGGUGGUCCUCAAGUGCCCCAGAGAUGGAUGUGGGAGGUCUUUCACCACAGCCUUCAACCUGCAGAGCCACAUCACCUCCUUCCACGAGGAGAUGCGGCCCUUCGCCUGCACCCAUGCAGGCUGUGGGAAGACCUUCGCUAUGAGGCAGUCUCUCCAGCGUCACAGAAUCGCUCACGACCCGCUGAGGAAGAAGACUAAAAAGCCCAGACCAAGUAGAUCUCUUGCGUCCAGGUUAAGUGGUUACAGUGAAACAAAGAGAGUGGUGCUCAAAAAGCGUAGAGUGCAUCAUCAUGGGUCUGUCACCCUUUCCACACAAAACAAGACUGGUUCUUUUGAGUUGGUGUCUCUCCUGCAGGACACGUCCCUGCUCUGCAGCCCUGCUGUGGACACACUCACUAAUCCCCUGACUCCACUUCUGACAGUGUAGAGUCAAAUGAAGGCAUUCACACCAGACUGAGGAUGGAUGGCCCUUAAUAGAGCUGUUAUGAUGUAAUAUAACUUUUUCUACCAAUGUGAUGUCAUCAUCUUAAAGCCUAAAAGGCUCCUUCUUUGGUCAAAGGUGUGAUUGGCUGUUUUGGGCUGGGACUUGUAUAUUAAUCCAUAUAUUAUCGCCAGUUCUGUAGAUGAAAACCUGAAC